CGCAUCCGCAUCGCCAACCCUACCGAGCGGGUGGCUACCUUCGAGGCCUCGGCCCCAGCUUCGGCACCUUCGCUGGGCGCCCGCUUCGCUACCAGCUUGGAGAAGGUGGAGGAGCGGCAGUUUCUGCUUUCCUCCGGCCGUCUGCUGCUGCCCGGCAGCCCCAAGGUGGUGCUCAUGGUGGUGGCUGCUAAGAAGCUCGUUAGCCGGGUGCAGGUGGCACCCAAGUCUACCUUUGAUGAAACCGUGUGGUCUGUGGUGUACACUUCGGAGCCCAUCGAGGUCUCCAGGCUGGAGGAAACUUUCAGCAAGCUGAGGGAGUCGGCCAAGAAAGAGAUGCUGGAGGUGAUGCAGAUGGGGGUGGAAGAUCUUUUCCAGGAGCACCAGCAGACCUGGUCAGACCUGUUCAUUUCAGGGAUUGAAAUGAGGAAGAUCACAGAUUCACAUACACCAUCGAGUGAGACUGUUAACAUGACCCUCUACUACAUGCUUUCAAGCAUGCCAGCACCUCUGCUAGAUCCACUCAUUAGCAGUGAAGACAGAGAAAAAAUGGAAGCCAGCUUGAACUAUGCUGACCAUUGCUUCAGCGGCCACGCAACCAUGCAUGCAGAGAACCUGUGGCCAGCAAAGCUGACCAGUGUGUCCCAGAUCUUGCAGCUCUCAGACCUGUGGAAGCUGACCCUGCAGAAACGGGGGUGUAAGGCUCUCGUGGCAGCCGGAGUCCAUGGGCUUAUGCAAGGCAUGGUGCUCAGUUUUGGAGGUCUGCAGUUCACAGAAAACCAUCUUCAGUUUCAGGCUGACCCUGAUGUACUUCACAACAGCUAUUCCUUACGUGGGAUCCAUUACAACAAGGAUUUGAUUAACUUAGCCGUUCUGCUGGAUGCGGAAGGAAAGCCCUUCUUGCACGUGUCUGUGAAAUUCCAAGACAAGCCAGUCAGACUAUAUGCGUGUGAAGCAGGCUGUAUGAAUGAGCCCGUGGAGCUGACCUCAGAGGCACGAGGCCAUACGUUCCCAGUCAUGGUGACUCAGCCCAUCACACCACUUCUUUAUAUAUCGACAGAUUUGGUCCACUUGCAGGACCUGAGACACACACUCCAUCUGAAAGCUAUUCUGGCUCAUGAGGAACACAUGGCCAAGCAGUACCCAGGUUUACCCUUCCUGUUCUGGUUCAGUGUGGCAUCCUUAAUCACACUGUUUCAUCUGUUUCUGUUCAAGCUCAUCUACAAUGAAUAUUGUGGGCCAGGAGCCAAGCCUCUCUUCAGGAGUAAGGUGUAAGGCUGCUGUUUCUGGCUGCCUUCCUCUGAGUGUUUUUGUCAGCUGUGCCUAGGGAGUCUGUCAGAUUGUGAAGAUUUUCAGUCUCUGUUGCAACAAGUGAUCUAUGGCAUCUUGCAAGCAGUAGGGUUAGGACAGGGGUUGGAGCGGAGCGGUAGGGCUCACAAAUAUUAGAAAGAGAGAAAUCCACUGUCAGUCCUUAAACAUUCCUAAGGCUGCAGGUUAAGGCAGAUGCAGCUUUUCUGUCCUUUUUCCACAGCAGCUGUGCCACUAGAUAAUGUUUCUUAUUAAACAAUAAGGGAAUGCUUAAGAGAGAGCUGCCAUUUACUGCUGUGUGUGAGAUGUGCAUGCUUGCCUGCCUGCUUUCAAUGUGUGACUUGUCAAAUGAUAACACACAGAUGGAAGCUAGUGCUCUUAGGUCAAGGUGCUGACCUGUUGGGAAUACUGGUUAACAUUUACAAAUACAUAGACACUGUGCGAUGCUCCAUCAUGCCACAUUAGCACCAUCAUUUUGAGAAAGAGUUUCUCCCAUUCAGACAACAUAGUAGCUGCUUUAAGAAGAGUGCUGAGUGCUUUUACUGUGAGUUGGAGGUUCUGACUUCAAGUAUCUCCCACUUUGGUGUAAAAGAUUUGAAAUUCUUGUUUUGAGAAGCCUAGAAAACUUGGUCGCUAGCAAAACCUUAGUACAGAAUAGACACUGAAGUGAUUUCUGCUCUUUAGGACUGGUAGUUUCUGGAUGUGUGUUGGUACAAAGCAGGAAUGAAACAUCAAGACUGCAUAAUAGAGCUGUCAGAGGAAAAGGUCUGGCUUUGGAAUGCCUUUUUUUUCCAAAUCGUAACAUAGAAUUUUGGAUAGUUGGAAUUGGGCAAAAUGUACUGGAUGGGAGGGGACAGUCAGCAAUCUGAUGGGUGUCAGCUCAGAUGGUCGUUUUCCUGUAAGCUCAUGGGCUUUGCAGUGUUCAGAUCAGGCCUGAUCCCAGGCAGGUCUGAAUACCAGCCAUCUAUUGAUGAAUGAGAGGGACGGUGUUUCUGGCUAAAGAAGCUAACACAGAAGAGGUAGAAUAGGUAUUUAUAUCAAAGCCAGCUGCAAUUAGAAGCAUAUGACCAUGGUGAAACUCUAGUGCAAAAGGAGGAAGUGGUGGAGAAGUAAUUUGAAUUACACAGCUGCAUCCUGACACACGUCCUGAAAUGUACCCUUGACAUUAUAAAAUGGUGUUCUUUUUUUUUUUUACUGCUAUCUUGCUGCCUUUGUCACGUACAAGAUUUGCUCUCUGCCUUUUACAAAAUAACUUGUUAGCCAUUACAACAGGUAACUGUCCCUGACACUUUCUGAGAUGCUGAGAAACUUCACAGCUACUCUCGAGGGCUGACUUAACACCUCUUCCUUGAUAUUGCAAAAAGCUUUGCAGUGUACAGCAAACAAGUCUGUCUUAAUUAGACCUACUUAAAAUGAAGAUGGUGCAGAACUCAAUUCCAAAACGAAGGAUGCAGUGGAAGCCAGCUGAAGCUCAAAACCUCUGUAGCAGUAAGCAAGAUUGAUGGUGUUGAAAUAGCACCGUUUCAUGAAUUGAAUGGGAAUUUCCUGGUGUCCAAGUGAACUUAGUCCUGCUUUCAGCCUCCAUUUGCACAAGACAUCUGACAGUUUUUCAGCUGAGAACAAGGACCUUUUGAAAGCAACAAUCCUUUUGUGCCUUGUUAAGAAAGGAAUCUGAGACUUGGAACAUGUGGUUAUUCAAGAGUUUAUCCCAGAAUCUUGUGUAACAGACAUUUUCUUUUUCCUUAUAAGCUGUUGAGUUCCCUAGCAGUAAUCCAUUUGGUGAAAAUACUUGAAGAUAUCCAAGUCCUUUGAUAUUUUGAUUUGUUUUUUAAUUUUACAGGAAAAUAAAGAAUGAUGAUUCCCUUCAUAGAGUUAAAUUAACUAGAAAAUUUCAGCGUAACUUCCUUUCUGGUGUUUUUUAAUUUAUUGCUUGAGGGGUGGGGGAGGAUGUUGAUAAUUUUGCCUCCAGUUCAGUAACGAGACAGUCAGUUGAACUGUAGAUAUCUAAGUGCAGGUAAUGUCUUUUCAGCCUUUAUGAUUGUAGAGUGCAAAAUCAGUUUAAAGAAACUGUUUUUUGGACUUAAAAAUGCUGAUCUGCAGGUUUCCUCUUCUGAACGUACUGAGGCUUUGUGCAUUCAUUUGUUUUGGCUGUGGGGGGAGACAUCUCACUUUCUAGUGGUUUAAAGGUUGUUUGGUUUUAAAAUACCAAAGCUGUUGUUUCUAAAUAAAUAUUUCUCAAUCUAACCUGA